AUGUUGAAAGCUGAUGUAGACGGUUCCCCGUCUACUUCAUGGCAAGAAAACCUAUCUGGCACUGGGCUUCCGACAACUACUGUGGAUACUACUACCAUCACGACGACUUCGGCCAGUCCGAAAACGAGUUCUUUAAAUAUUGAGCACUUUGACUUAGAUGAACAAGUUAGCACUCCAAUUGCUUUAGAUAUUCCUCCAGCACCUUUUUCAAAUUCAUUUAGCGAUAUUACACAACCUUCAAACUCCAGUAAUGAAACAAAUGGCGCGCGCCGUCCUUUUAAAUUACCAGCUUCUAAAACUUCUGCGAAGACAAAAAAAAGAAGAAAAAGCCUAAAUGUCACUGUUGAUAGUAUUAUGGAUGAUUCAUUCGUGGACAUGCCAUUGAGUGGUGGCUAUACUCCCGCUAGUUCAAAAAGAAAUGCAGAAUUUCACGCUUUGUUUCGGAGCGUUCCCGAGGAAGAUUUUCUUAUAAAUGCACUUAACCAAAAACCAUCAUUUAAUGAAUCAGAGUACACACCUAACAAAAGCAGUGAAGCUUCAGAUGCGUCAUCAGAAUCUUCAGAAAUGAGCGAUGAAGGUAAAUCACAAGGUGGCCUUCAUAAAAAAUUUGAAUUACCAAAAUUGAAACUUGAUCGAAUCAGAUUUGUACGCAGUGGGUCAUCAUUAGAAAAUGAUGAUAGUAAACAGCAUAAAGAUUCAGAUUUCGAAAGUAAAGUUCAUUCAUUACCUUCAUCUCCCACAAAAAGCGGAUUUGAGGAUGAUGCGUUGUUAAAAGGAAGCAAGGGCCAUCGAUUGAAAUCAAAGUCUAUGGCAGAAUUAAAAUCGUCAGUUCUUGACAUUACCAAUAUUUCUGAUUUAAAAGCUUCAGAAACUAGUGAAGCAGCUCUUCAUCCUAUUUCCCCGCGCACCCAGUCUCGCCAUCUUGUAAGAUCUAAUACAAACCUUAAAAGGCGACGAGCUUCUACGCAAUGCCCAUGUUUAAGGAACGGCCAGCAUUAUGAAAAUGUUUCUUUAGAUGCAACAUUCACAGGAACAGUGGAGAAGUUAUACAAUUUGAUAAUGACAAGCGGGUUUGUAAAACGUUUUAUUAUUGAAGAGGAAAAAUCCAGCAUCGAAGGGCAGCAACAGUACUGGCAGAAUCUCGCGCAAGAAAUUAAGAAGUAUAUUGCAGUACAUCCUUCAGAAUUCCAAGACGAAUCAGGAUCACCGGUUCGGGAGCGUGUGGAAGCUGAUGAAGUCGAAAAAGAUUGGGUUAAGAGGACACAAACUCGAUCCAAAGAGCGUACUCGAUCUUUUCAAAUGCCAACUGAGACUACUGUUAUAGAACAAGCAGAGCCGACACCAACACAACGUCAAAUCGCAGGAGUAUGGGGCACUAUCAUAGAGGUCCAGAGUAUUUUAUCUUCUAUAUUGUCACCGAUAUUUCAAAACAUUUCUAUUCCGUCAACCAAUGCUAUGAUAAUACUCGAUAAUAUCGGAGGAAACAGUGUUCCUGUUUUCGGGCGUGGUCGUAAAAAUGAGUUUUUCUACGAAACUCGACGGCAGGAAUUUGCAUCAUUUCUUGAUGAUCGAAUUGAGAAUGAAGAUGUAUUAUGGCAGUGGCUAAGCGACAAAUCAAAAAUAUACGAAGAUUACCAGAAAUAUCAUGAUCAAUCUGAGAAUGAAGAUGAAUCUCUGCCAAUAUCAUCACAAAAACUGCAUGAAGAGAUUGAAGAUUUACAUAAAUUGUUACAGGCUGCGGAAGGUCACAUUAAAAAAUUGUCGGAUAUUGUUGAAUUUGAGAAGGCUUAUUAUCAAGAGAAAAUAAAAAAACCUUAA